GCCCGCCCCUCAGCCACAAGGCCAUGCCCACUUCGUUGGAUGUUCUCUGAGCUCCCAAUACCUCCCUUCUCCUCUUUGACUCCGCCCACCCCGCUCGUAUCAUUUCCUGUGCGCCUGAUGCUGAUUGGUCUAGAGGUCGGAAGUGAGGGCGGGCGGUGGGGCGGUUGCCGCAGUGACAGUGCUGGGGGAGUCUGAAGAUGGCGGCGUCGCGUCGCUCUCAGCAUCAUCACCACCAUCAUCAACAACAGCUCCAGCCCGCCCCAGGGGCUUCAGCUCCGCCGCCGCCACCUCCCCCACCCCUCAGUCCUGGCUUGGCCCCGGGGACCACCCCAGCUUCCCCCACGGCCGGGGCCCUGGCCACUUUCGCCUCCCCUCGGCACGGCCUAGCGCUGCCGGAGGGGGAUGGCAGUCGGGAUCCGCCCGACAGGCCUCGAUCCCCGGACCCGGUUGACAGUACCAGCUGUUGUAGUACCACCAGCACAAUUUGUACCGUAGCCGCCGCUACCGUGGUCCCGGCGGCUUCCGCUUCAUCCGCCGUUGGGGUCGCUCUCAACUCAGCAGGCGGUGGCAGUAACAAUUCACCCUCGUCCUCUUCUUCCCCGACUUCUUCUUCAUCUUCCUCUCCAUCCUCCCCUGGAUCGAGCUUGGCUGAGAGCCCCGAGGCGGCCGGGGUUAACACCACGGCAACAUUGGGGCUCGGGGCAGCGGUACCUGGGACAGGGGUCCCAGCAGUGAGCGGGGCCCUACGGGAGCUGCUGGAGGCCUGUCGCAAUGGGGACGUGUCCCGGGUAAAGAGGCUGGUGGACGCUGCAAACGUAAAUGCAAAGGACAUGGCUGGCCGGAAGUCUUCUCCCCUGCACUUCGCAGCAGGCUUUGGAAGGAAGGAUGUGGUAGAGCAUUUACUGCAGAUGGGUGCUAAUGUGCAUGCUCGUGACGACGGAGGCCUCAUUCCGCUCCAUAACGCCUGCUCUUUUGGCCAUGCUGAGGUUGUGAGUUUGUUACUGUGCCAAGGAGCUGAUCCGAAUGCUAGGGAUAACUGGAACUAUACACCACUGCAUGAAGCUGCGAUUAAAGGGAAAAUUGACGUCUGUAUUGUGCUGCUGCAGCACGGAGCUGAUCCAAAUAUUCGGAACACUGAUGGGAAAUCAGCCCUGGAUCUGGCAGACCCUUCAGCGAAAGCUGUCCUCACAGGUGAAUACAAGAAAGACGAACUCCUAGAAGCUGCUAGGAGUGGUAAUGAGGAAAAACUAAUGGCUCUACUGACUCCUCUAAAUGUGAAUUGCCAUGCAAGUGAUGGGCGAAAGUCUACUCCUUUACAUCUAGCAGCAGGCUACAACAGAGUUCGGAUAGUUCAACUGCUUCUUCAGCACGGUGCAGACGUUCAUGCAAAAGACAAAGGUGGACUUGUGCCUCUUCAUAAUGCAUGUUCAUAUGGACAUUAUGAAGUCACAGAACUGCUACUAAAGCAUGGAGCUUGUGUUAAUGCUAUGGAUCUCUGGCAGUUCACUCCACUCCACGAGGCUGCUUCCAAAAAUCGUGUAGAAGUCUGCUCCUUGUUACUUAGCCAUGGUGCUGACCCUACACUCGUCAACUGCCAUGGCAAAAGUGCUGUGGAUAUGGCUCCCACUCCUGAGCUCAGGGAGAGACUGACUUAUGAAUUUAAAGGUCACUCUUUACUACAAGCAGCAAGAGAAGCAGACCUAGCCAAAGUGAAAAAAGCACUUGCUUUGGAAAUCAUUAAUUUCAAACAACCACAGUCUCAUGAGACGGCACUGCACUGUGCUGUGGCCUCCUUACAUCCCAAACGGAAACAAGUGACAGAAUUAUUACUUAGAAAAGGAGCAAAUGUCAAUGAAAAAAAUAAAGAUUUCAUGACACCUCUACACGUCGCAGCUGAAAGAGCUCAUAAUGAUGUCAUGGAAGUGCUGCAUAAGCACGGAGCGAAGAUGAAUGCACUGGACACCCUUGGUCAGACAGCUUUGCAUCGAGCCGCCCUCGCAGGUCACUUGCAAACUUGCCGCCUCCUGCUGAGUUACGGCUCUGAUCCCUCCAUCAUCUCCUUGCAAGGCUUUACGGCAGCACAAAUGGGAAACGAAGCAGUACAGCAGAUUCUGAGUGAGAGCACACCUAUACGUACUUCUGAUGUUGACUAUCGACUCUUAGAGGCAUCGAAAGCUGGUGACUUGGAAACUGUGAAGCAACUUUGCAGCCCCCAAAAUGUGAAUUGCAGAGAUCUAGAGGGCCGGCAUUCUACACCCUUGCACUUCGCGGCAGGCUACAAUCGUGUGUCUGUCGUGGAGUACCUUCUGCACCAUGGUGCUGACGUCCAUGCCAAAGACAAAGGCGGCCUGGUGCCCCUUCAUAAUGCCUGUUCCUAUGGACACUAUGAGGUAGCUGAGCUUUUAGUGAGGCAUGGAGCUUCUGUUAACGUGGCGGACUUAUGGAAAUUUACCCCUCUACAUGAAGCAGCAGCCAAAGGAAAAUAUGAAAUCUGCAAGCUCCUUUUAAAACAUGGAGCAGAUCCAACCAAAAAAAACAGGGAUGGAAACACACCUCUAGAUUUGGUCAAAGAGGGGGACACAGACAUUCAGGACCUACUGAGAGGGGAUGCUGCCUUGCUGGAUGCUGCCAAGAAGGGCUGCCUGGCAAGAGUGCAGAAGCUUUGCACCCCAGAGAAUAUCAACUGCAGAGACACCCAGGGCAGAAAUUCAACUCCUCUGCACCUGGCAGCAGGCUACAAUAACCUGGAAGUAGCUGAAUACCUUCUAGAGCACGGAGCAGACGUUAAUGCCCAGGACAAAGGCGGUUUAAUUCCUCUUCAUAAUGCAGCAUCUUAUGGGCAUGUUGACAUAGCAGCGUUACUGAUAAAAUACAACACGUGUGUCAAUGCAACAGAUAAGUGGGCAUUUACUCCUCUUCAUGAAGCAGCCCAAAAAGGAAGGACACAGUUAUGUGCCCUGCUCCUAGCACAUGGUGCAGAUCCAACUAUGAAAAACCAGGAAGGUCAGACACCUUUAGACCUGGCAACAGCUGAUGAUAUCAGAGCUUUGCUGAUAGAUGCCAUGCCCCCGGAAGCUUUACCUACCUGUUUUAAACCUCAGGCAACUGUAGUGAGUGCUUCUCUGAUCUCACCAGCAUCCACCCCCUCCUGCCUGUCUGCGGCCAGCAGCAUAGAUAACCUCACUGGCCCUUUAGCGGAGUUGGCAGUAGGAGGAGCCUCCAAUGCAGGAGAUGGGGCAGCCGGCACAGAAAGGAAGGAAGGAGAAGUUGUGGGUCUUGACAUGAAUAUCAGCCAAUUCCUAAAAAGCCUUGGCCUUGAACAUCUUCGGGAUAUCUUUGAAACAGAACAGAUUACACUAGAUGUGUUGGCUGAUAUGGGUCAUGAAGAAUUGAAAGAAAUAGGCAUCAAUGCAUAUGGACACCGCCACAAAUUAAUCAAAGGAGUAGAAAGACUUUUAGGUGGACAACAAGGAACCAAUCCUUAUUUGACUUUUCACUGUGUAAAUCAGGGAACUAUUUUACUGGAUCUUGCUCCAGAAGAUAAAGAGUAUCAGUCAGUAGAAGAAGAGAUGCAGAGUACUAUUCGGGAACAUAGAGAUGGUGGUAAUGCUGGUGGCAUAUUCAACAGAUACAAUGUCAUUCGAAUUCAAAAAGUUGUCAACAAGAAGUUGAGAGAGCGAUUCUGUCACAGACAGAAGGAAGUAUCUGAAGAGAACCACAACCAUCACAACGAGCGCAUGUUAUUUCACGGUUCUCCUUUCAUUAAUGCCAUUAUUCAUAAAGGAUUUGAUGAACGACAUGCAUACAUUGGAGGAAUGUUUGGAGCUGGGAUUUAUUUUGCUGAAAAUUCCUCAAAAAGCAACCAGUAUGUUUACGGGAUUGGAGGAGGAACAGGCUGCCCCACACACAAAGACAGGUCUUGUUAUAUAUGUCACAGACAAAUGCUUUUCUGUAGAGUGACCCUUGGAAAAUCCUUUCUGCAAUUCAGCACCAUGAAAAUGGCCCACGCCCCGCCCGGACAUCACUCAGUUAUUGGUAGACCGAGUGUCAAUGGGCUGGCAUAUGCCGAAUAUGUCAUCUACAGAGGAGAACAGGCAUACCCAGAGUAUCUCAUCACAUACCAGAUCAUGAAACCAGAAGCUCCUUCACAGACCUCAACAGCUGCAGAGCAGAAGACCUAGUGAAUGCCCACUGGUGAAGGCCGCGUCAGAUGCAAAUCUGGGACUGGAUUGCGCAGAUUGUUUCCAACAAAAAAAAAUCAAUAUUCUUAAAUCCCUGACAGCCUAGAAAUAAGCUGUUUGUCUUUUAUAAAGCAUUGCUAUAGUGAUGAAUAUAGUAUGAGUAACUGAUACAUACUCAACUACUACUGUUCCCUUUGAGGAAAUGUUUACAGGGGUGGCCUUUUAACAUAUCUCAGGCUCAUUUUCAUCACAGUUAUCCAUUUCUAAAGCAAGAUUAUUUUGGUCUAGACUUAGAAAUGGAAGAAGUGGAAACAUAACCAAUACUGUUUCAAAUGUUCACAGUUCACACACUACGUUUGCUUUUUUAAAUGUGGCACAUGUAUAUAGCAAAUACAUACAAAUGCAGGCUCAUUUUUAGUUUUUUUGUUGUUUAGUUUUUGUUUUUUUUUUCUUUUGCAAACAUGCGUCUUUGGCGCUUUUUUUGUUUUGUUCUGUUUUAUUUUUUUAACUUUUACUUUGAAAAUGAGCCAGAACCUUCCUGAGAAUAUUUUGCACAAAGUCACACUGACUAAAAUCAUUAACAAUGCAACCCCAGCUUCUGGCUGAGCAAGAUUCCCUUUCUACUUUUUUGUUCUUGUUUGAUUUUAUAUCUGUGCUUCUUGUUAACAUAAAUUGAGAUGAAAAGAAGAAACAUCAAGUUUUAGUUUCCUUUUAUGAAUUGGCCCAUCUUACAAGGGAAGGCACGAACAUCAACCUGACCUAGGAGCUCCAAGGUGAGAGAAGUCAAAGCUAGGGAUGGCCACUUGCCCUUUCCAGGACAGCCUGCGAGCGGGGACGUUCAGGUCGGAGCUGGAACUCCCAGGAGAACACAGCCAGGGAGAGUGGCAUGACCUCCCGUUCCCAGGUGAAGUUGCUGGGGCGCUGUUGAAGGAAUAGCAUUUGAGAAGGGCGCGGAGCACGUGGUUCUGUAUCAUUGCAGCCCCAAAGAGUCAGGGGACUCCCCAGAGAGCGAAUGCUUCCCUCACUUAAUCCCUCCCACCAGAACUGUCACCCCCAAAUUAGCUGCCUUAUUUCCAAAGUCAGUGGAAUUAUUGUACAUCAUUAGAGUCCCCAAAAUAUUGCUUUACUGUCUCUUUAGGAAGCUAGGGUUUAAAUCCUGUGUAGUCCAUAGAUGUACACAAAUGCAAGAACUUUUUUUUACUCCAGAUUUGGGGUUAUUUUCAAUGGCAUGCUUCAGAUACUUUAUAAAAACCCCUGUGCUAAAUUUUUGAACCACUUCUUCAAACUUCUUAAUAUAUUUAGACAAGGAGAACAAAAAUUGAAACCAAAGUCCUUUCAGUUAUUUUUCUAAGUGAAGAUGAUAGAGAAAUAUCAUACUGGUUUUUUUUUCCUUUUUUUUUUGUGAAAGUACUGCUUGUUUUAAUCAACAUUUGCCAAGUGCACACUGACACUUAAAAAGAAAUUGUCUACCAUAGUUCUUACAAUUGCCCUGUUCACCUUAACUGAAUAUUGAAUUAAGUAUAUUACUUUAUUUACUUGACACGCUAUAUAUAUCUCCUCAACCUUGGAGCAAAAGCAAUAUCAACUUGGUGGAAAAACAGUGUGAUACCAAUUUACCAUUUCAGUUUAAAGUCCUGGAAAUUAAUUGGGGUUUUUAAUGCAGGCCAGUUAAACUGGGACCUCCUCUAAUCUCCAGAAAUGAAACAAAGUGGUUACUUGCGGAAAUCUAGAAAUAGGUUGUCAAAAUACACAUCUACCUUUCUUUUCUUUUUUCUUUUCUUUUCUUUUUCUUUUUUGGCUUAAGUUCAGUGCUAGAACUAGGCAUCAUGCUCAUUUGUAUGAAUUUUGUAGCUGAAUCUUGCAUGGGCCCUCACAACUAAAUCAAGAAUUUGCCUCAGUUAAACUGAAGUUCCAGUGAGCCAUGCUGGGUGUUUGUCUUGGUUGUGUGUUUAACAGCACUAGAAUUCCAUAUAAAGCUUCAAAAUUUGAUAUUUGUUAAGAGGGCUUUUUUUUUCCUCUUUUUUUUGUGUGUAACAAAAAAAGGGUUGAAGAAAUUGCAGUCUUUGUAGCUUUCAGUAGCUGUGAAGUGUGUAUUACUUUACCCCCACCCCCGACAUAGUUUAAAAUGAUAAACACAGCUGUAAUUUUUAGUUAAAUAAGAGUUAAUAUGGAAUAGAUAUGGAAAGCUUUAUAGCUUCAUUAAAAAGAUAAACCACUACCAGACUGUGGUUUUUUUGUUGUGUCGUUUCCAUCAUGCUAACUAGAUUAAUGGAUGUGCUAGUUUUAAACUUGGGCCUUACACUUGAGAAGUUAAACUGUGGUUCAUUAUUUAAACUACCAAUGUUCCAUGUCUGCUGUUCUGUGUGCCAAGUGAAGGUACUGUCUGUAUACAGAAAACAUUUGCAGUGCUUCUGGUCUUGUAACAAUUCAGCUAUAUUGUAGUCUUGAGAGAAUGUGUAUAUAUUAUCUGCUAAAGAGAGGAAGUUAAUGGAUAUAUCACAGGAGCCAAAAACAUUUUUUCAGAACUUGAAAACCAAAGGUCAUCAUGAGUAUACUCAUCAAAAGUUAAUUACAUCCAGAUUUCCAUCUAUACCAAUGUGAGGAACCUUCUAGAAUAUUAAAUCAUGGCAUUAAAUUAGGCUGAAAUCUAUUUCUUGAAUGUACACUAUAUAGCAACAUUAGUAAGUUCGGGACUCCCCUGAAAUAACCCCUCUGCUUCCCACACCACAUGGAAAAGAGAACCAGGCAUCGCCACAGCUUUAGCUCUAAAUCAGAGGGCUUCUCUAGACUGAGGGUUCUAGUUCACCUGUGGCCAACUGAAUACUUAACUCAGGCAUAAAAUAAGUCCUCUGGACACCUUUCUCCUUGUGCUUGACCUUCGCUUUUCCCCAGGUUGCUAGUCAGGAGUAAAAAUAGCUUAAACACUUACCUUUGACCCCACCAUUUUCCUUCUUUCUUUACCUUGAGUCUUCCAAAAAGAACCUAGAUACCUUUCCAUUUUCACAUCACAAUCAGAACUGGAUUUAGGCCUCAUCUCUUCUCUUCUCAGAAGAUUCUGCCACUUGGAUAGCAAACGACAGCAUGGAACCUAGAAUUUUUAUUCUAUGCAAAGUAAUAGCAGUACACCCAGGAUUCUUACUUCCUUUUCUUUCUUGGAGUUUAGAAUGUCUAGCUUUUCAAGCAACAUAAGUAGAAUACACAGUAUUAGGAUGUUUCAUGAAAUAGCAUCCUUUACUCCUUUGAGCUUGAUGGUAAUAGCUAGGCUAAUUUUCUUUGCUCUCAAAAUAGCAAAGUGCAUUGAAAUAUGCACAAAAUGCCUGGGUAUGGCAAACAAAAAGUCAUAUAGAGUCACGUUCUAUUAUCAUAGGAAUUAUACAAAAAAUAAAAUUUUUGUUAGUGCUGGAAAACAGCAUUCAAAUGCAAUAAGUUGUCUAGGUUUUUCUCUAUUUCAGUAUAUUUCCCAGUGGCAUGAAGGGUUACUGGACUCUGCAUCCCCUCUUUUGAAACACAUGCACUGUCCGGAUUCCUGUAAAUGGCCUCGCAAACAGAAGUGGUGUGUAUUUUUAAGCACCUUUCCUCAGCACACCCACAUCCUGUGUGAUAUCUGUAAUGUACAGCUUUCCUACUAUGUUUUCUGUUAGGCUGAUUGUCUUGCACAGAGCUAUAGACUUUAGUCAUUCAGCAGAUAUUCAAAAUUGACAUUAAAAUAGGGUUCAUGUACCUGAAAUUUAUUUAAAGACUGAAGUUAAGUUUGAUUAAUGUCAAAUAAAUGACAGAGAAAUUAAAGUAAUAUUUGAACUAUUGUUAGACACAUCUGGCCUAUAAAAAGGAAAUCCAUUCAAAAUAUACCACCUGGAAACCUUUUUUAGAUUACUUGUGCAUUCUGCAAUUAAUAUACAAUUAAAAAUUUCAGCUUAAGAAAGCCUUGACUAUGGCAGAAACUUUUUAACCUUUUAUAUUCUAGUAAAUGAAACAUUGUACUUCUAUUUCUUAGUGUUGGGAAGGUGUCGGUGAGUUGGCAUGCCUCCAUGUAUUUUCAUACUUGUUGAGCUUAUAUUAUGGGGGUAUAUUUCGUAAGUUCCACUCCCUUGCUUACAACAGAGCUGAUGUAAUCGAUCCAUUCCAGUUUCUGCAUACCUGAAAUUCCUCAGCAACCAGAUUUUUGGUUGGGAAAAAUGUUUAGAACAAUCUCAAAGCCUAUCAAGUUGUAUAUGUGUGGAUACAGUAACAACUGUGAUGCUGUGUAGAAUUUGAGCGAUGUGCAAACUGUUUUUAAUCAUUUUAAAUUAUAUGUUAUGAGAUAUUAAAGUAAGAAUCUGUAGGAAGCUGAAGACUUUAUAUACUCAAAGGCCAGUGCAGUCAUGCUGUGAGCAGCUUUACAUCUCUGCCUCUGCUCCGCCUCCUAUGAGGCGGUGGUGUUGUGACUCCUCCUUCUUCCCCUUCUCUUUUCUGUUUUACACUGCGCAUCUCCACACGCACAUACACCACCCCUUUCAAAGUUUUCUCUCAUCCUUCAGAAUCCAGCUGGUUUUAUUUUUUAUCUCUGUGCCCAUAUCUGUAAGCAGCCCUGAAUCCCUUUAUCAAUUCACAGAAAAGCUGUAAGCCCUGGUAGCAGGGAAGUCCCCCACACACCCUCCUGCCUCUCCCAGAGUUCAGGAGGAAGAGCUAGGAAACCACAGUGAAAGAAAGUUAGAAAGCAACCAAAAUCUUUGAGGCUGAGACCUUUCACCUGCGAGGUGACCUCGGCCAUACAGUAAUUGUAUUCAUUACACAAAACAAACUCUGCGUGCGUAUAAUUACCGCUUCUCCCAUUGUUUUAUGCUCAUCCCAUCUUUGUGGUAGUAUUUGUCUUUGAUACCUACAAAACUGAAACGGUACUUCAAUAAACAAAGUUUCUCAAAACAUUUACAAAACCAGCUUUGAGGAAACCUACAAUGUUUUCUGGCAACAGCAUUUGGAGUAGUAAUUGUAUUUUCUUGUGAUGUUAGUCUAUGUAAGUAACCAAUGUAGUGACACUCUUUGGUUUGUCACUGAUUUUAUUUUUAUUCUCUGUAUGACCCACCAGUGGCAGGUGUGUCUUUUCUUUUUUGCAUUUGUCUCUUCGUAGGAUUGUCAGAUUAAAUACACGAUGCCCAGUUAAAUUUGAAUUUUAGACAAGCAGUUUCUCAGUUUAAGUAUGUUUCAAACAAUAUUUGCAUAUUCUUAUAGUUAAAGAAAGUGUUAUUUAUCUGAAAUUAAAGUUUAACUGAGCAUCUUUUUUUUUUUUUUUUUUGCACUUUGUUUUUCUAAAUCUGGCAACUCUACUGACUUGGUCACAGAAAGUCACUUACAGCAUGUAAAUUCUUCUAGUCUUCAUUAUUUUUCACCUGGAAUGGAAGAUCUUUUUUCCACUCUGCUCAUUUCCAAAAGAGGGCAUCAAUGAACUUUGACCUGCCUCCAUGGUGGGUUUCUAUUUAAAACAUCUUUGUGAUUAUAUUUAACCUGUAAUUGUGCUUUGGCUUAAUGUCUAACUUACAGUACUUGUAAUUGAUUAAUAUUCAAUAAAAGCAUUUUUAAAGUA